AUGUACCGUCAUAAGGAUGAGCCAUCAGCCCCUCGAGCAUCCGCAACGGCGGGAGAAGCGAAUAUUGAACCAGACAUGAGGUUCUAUCGUCAAAGCAGAACCAGCUCUCCGUGCUGGAAUUCAAAACUGGGCGACACGUCAGACCGAAAAGGCCGUCGAAGCGUCUCCUGCGAAUUCCAAUCUAGCAGGGCUUCUGCUCCAAUGUCGGAUAGAAACAUCCAGCUCUCCCGGGACCAACGGUUCCAAGGUCAUUCCCACUCUUCUCUGCCGUCGUCAAAGGCAAAACGCAGUGCGUCCCAUACGUCUCUCCGCUCAGAACCUUUGUCAGCGAUGCGUGCAACGUCAAGAUCAAAUCACCCACUGCAACUCUUGUCAUUUGAGUCUCUGGGGAUAUCAAACUCUUCACUGGCUUUCACACCAUCUCAGCCCAAUGACAGGAACUUCUGUCGUCCUGUGACAGAUGCUUCUUCAAGCAUCUCCUCUCCCCUAUCAUCCUCAUCCCUCUGCAUAAAGCCCGACAAUCCCUACAGAUCACCGUUACCCCUCACGCCUCCAGAAACUGAGGACAACGUCCUCUGGAACCCAAACGCACACCCACUCAUCCAGCCACCAUCACAUCACAGCAGCCCGCCUUCUGAUGAGCACGAUUCUGGCCAUUAUCUGGAAGACCUUAGAGCAAUAAACAUGACAGCCUCAAUGCCUGUUUCAAAUGGGAAUCAGUAUCCUGAAGAUAAUUCUGACGAAUGGCUGCAGGAUGCUAUCUUACCUGCAGUAUCAUCACUCCCUAUCCCAAAGUCUCCAGGAGAAUCUGUGCAGCUAGUUUCCCAAACUCUUCCAUGUCCACCUUCUGAAUCUUCAGCAACCGCGUCACCAAGAUCCGCCUUUACACCUAUCGUCAAAGCAAUCCAGAGUCGGCUUCAACCCGGCAAUUCUCCAUAUAUCAACAUUGUACACGCCGUACCGCCUAUGUUCAAUCUCAGCAGCUUGCCAACUUCACCUCCAAGCACACCUCACCUGCUUUUCUCUGGAGAUGACUACUUCAGCAAUACUGUGUUUUCAAGUGCUGCAGUCGUCCCAGAAUACCCCACCGAUCAGAUAAAUUCCCAGCCCUCCGGAGGACAUCAUUUAUCUUCCCCAGUUGUCCCUCCAUUCAGUGUGCACAUAGCCGUCAUCGAACGGUAUCUCCCACCUUCGUCCAUCCAAGAGUAUCAGUCCUUACUGUUAAACAAAGGCCCGUCGGUGUUGCUUGAUCGACUUCUCGAGCUUUCUACAAACAGGGGGAGCCUGAUGUUCAUAUACCCCACGAGAAGGGGCGCCGAGACGUUCAGAGACAAGUACCUGAGUCCCAUCCUUGAUCCUCUCCUCCGCCAAAUGGCCGUUGUAAACGGUUUAUCGGCCGAUGUGGGGAACGCAUUAGGUCGCAUAGCAUCCAUCGAGUACAUGGAUGACUUCGCAGGAAUGAAAGCCCGACUUCUCGCUCUGUGCGAUAGCCUCAGUUCAAGAAAUCAAAGCUCGUCCGGUCUAGCUUCGCGCAGGACAAAUUUCACCCUAGCCUACGCGGGACAGACAACGGUGCAGGUCGACCGGAAGCUCUGGACCGAGUGGUACAUCCAGCAAGAAGCACCGCGUGCUAAGGACAUCCUCAACCGUUUCUGGCGCAAGGGCCAUCGUAUGCCGGACCGUGCUUUGAUGAACGCGGCGCAGAGGCACCCGACGUCUCAGGAGAUCACGGGCGCGUCUCUUCUGCGGGAAAUCCUCGAUGGAAUUCGUCACCGGGCCUAUCCCGAUGGGUGCGAGCCGGAUUGUGGGUUGGAGCUGGGUGUGUUUGUGAUUCGCAGAUCGCUUUAG